UAAUAAUGUACCCUUAAUAGUCAUCUUUAGCAAGAUUACAUAGAGAAUAUCGUUUAGUACCAGUAGGAAUGUAUUCUCCAUAGAAAGAGAACCUUUAGAGAUUACUUCCUAGAUAUCCUGAGAGUGUUGAUGUAGGAAGUAGUAGUAAGUAUUAAGGGAAUGUAUCAUUGCCUGCUUUACCUCCUUAAAAAAAAUUGAGUAAGAUAGAGUAGACAGUAUAGAUUUAUAAAGGGAAAGUGAAUAAAUUGCCAUCUCUUUAAUUAAGUGAUUAACUUUUACAAAGAAAAAAAUAGAUAUCAGAAACUGAUGGGAUGAGGAAAUCAAUAACACCAGAGAGGAGAUAAGGGAAGAGAAAUUAAGUUUAAUUUGCAAUGAGAAGUAAGGCUGGUUGUCAGUCAAAUAAGAUGACAAAAAUAAAUCAGGAUGCUGCUAUAUUAUGUCCAAAGAAUUUAGAAAGGUUAAGAAUUUAUUUAUAUAUAGUAUGGGUUACAAAUUCUUUGGAGUAUGUGAUGGACAUGGUUAAUAUGGUCAUAUGGUUUCAAAUUAAAUUCGUUAAUAAUUACCAAAACAUUUAGGUAGAGUAUUAAAAGAAACAGAGAAUAUAGAAAACCAAAUACUGAAAGCUUUUGGAAUAACAAAUAAAGAAUUAUGUAAUUCAGAUAUUGAUACAAACUUAUCUGGAUCAACAACAGUAUCUUUACUAAUAGCAAAAGACAUUGUAAUAAAAAUAAGAUGAAAUAGAUCUAUUCUGCAAAUGUUGGUGAUUCUCGAGCAAUAAUGUGUAGAUUUGAAGAUGGUUGGAAAGUAAUUGAAUUGAGUCGUGAUCAUAAACCAGAUGAUCCUUAAGAAAAAUAAAGGAUUUUAGAUGCAGGUGGAAGAGUAGAAUAAUAAAAAGGUUGUUAAUUAUAAUGAUAUACUAUAUAUAUAUAGAUUUUAAUGGGAAUGGUAUAGGACCAUAUAGAGUUUGGUUAUCUUAUAUUUAGGCUCCUGGAUUGGCAAUGACUAGAUCUUUUGGAGAUAAAGUUGGAGCUUAAGCUGGUGUUAUUGCUGAACCUGAAAUUUAAUAGUUUUCUAUUAGUGGAUAAGAUUAAUUUAUUGUUAUUGCAUCAGAUGGAGUUUGGGAAUAUAUGACUAAUGAAGAGGUACAUUACAAAUCAAUUAGGUGAUGAGUAUUGUAAUUCCAUUUUUGGAUAAAGAUAAUCCUGAUUAAGCAGCUGAACGUAUCAUUAUUGAAGCUACGUAAGCAUGGCGUAAAGUAUUAUUAUUUAUUUAUUUUAAGAAUAGUUUAGCAAGAGACGAUAUUACUUGUAUAGUUAUAUUCUUAUAAAAAUGA